CGAGUUCAGGUAAAAUACGACUGAACUGUCAGAAGUGUUCGACUUGGCAAAGGAGAAGAAGAAGUGUGGUUUAAAUUGAGACAUUCCACUCACUCAUCUUCUAAUUCUUGAGCCAGCAGGGUUGUUUGGGAAGCAGCGGAGCAAAUCAUCAUCAUUAUUGGUCAUUAUUGUUUUUCUUCGAAACCAAAAAGAACUUUCAACCCUUCUCGUGUUCCUCACCGGAGGAAACUGAUUCUGACCCAGCUUUAAAACAAGUCUCUUAAAAGCUGCUGCUGGAUAUACGUGAACAAGAUAUUAUCCCACAAGAAAUUGUGUAUAUGCAUGUGUUACGUAGUACGUGUCGGGUUGAUUUGCUUGGUUGGAAGGGAUAUCUCCUCAAAGACCUUGUAAUGCUACUUUCAAUACCUUAAAGCUACGUAUUUUUGACUGAGGGCUAAUUAACUUGAAAAGUUGAAAGGAAAGGAAGUUCACAUCAACAAUUUCAUACGCUGCUCAUUGUUUUGUUCAAGCCGCAUCUUCUCCUUUGCAAAGCAACAGCAGCAUUCCUACCACAGAAAAGUAGUAACAUCUUCAUCAUCAUCACGAAGCAACUCGCUUUUGUUGUCCAAUCUUCUUCUUCGUCGUCGUCUUCUUGGAGGCAAUCACCUUCUUCUUCCCACUAAUAUUGAUUUAUCUUCACCACGUAUCAGGAAAGUGCAGCCUGGUAUCAUCAUCGUAAUCAACCUGCAAAAGACUUUAAAUCAUAAAAACCUUCGUCGAUUAAGUUCUCCGAGUCCGAAAAAUAUUUGCCUCCGAGUGGGGAUUCUUGAGGAAAAGGGUGAAAUUCUAGACAAAAAUAUCCAAGUUUUUGUCAACAGAAAUUCUUCUCGCUGAAAGGAAUCGUGAUUUGAGUGCUAGGCUAGGAGAUUAUCAUUAAGAAAAAGAAGGCUGCUCAUUCACGGGGAAAAGAACACAAUCCUCUCGCUAUCGUCUUCUCUGGUGUGUGGUGUCUGGCUUGAUACCGCAUUUAUUUCGCUUCACACGACCAAUCUCAACUUGAUAGUUAAGCCGAAAAAGUGAGGAGAAAUAUCACCUUGAUAAUUUUUGUCUUGUCGGCGCACUGAAGCUCAAAUUGGUCUAUUAACACCACAACCACUGCCCGGAACACUGGGUUAUUCUUACAUCUCGCGUCGGUUUGGUGAUGAAGUGAUAAUAAUGUGAGAUGACUAACGAAAGUUGAAUACUUACCACUUGCAUCAUACGAACGAAGGAAUCGGAGUCUUGGUCUAAUCUUCAUCAAAGUGAUAAUAAUGUUGUAAAGUAGAGCGUAUAAAAUUCCAGAGAUAAGAUUUGAUAUUAUUACACGUGAGAUAUACAAGAGUUGGACAGACGAUACAUAUUAUAUUCUUGGCUGGAAUCUGUUUGCCUUCAAUGAACGUGAAGCCGUAAUAAUAAUAACGUAAAUUUCAACAACACCUACAACUUAUUACGACUCAAUUUUCCACGGCACAACUCCCCCCGUUGUUAGAAGAUUAACACCAUUUCUUCACGAAGAAAGAUCUCCACAUUUGGCAGCUGUUUGACUCUCUCCGAUAUCUACCAUCGCCGAUUGGAGUCUUGUGUAGUAAUAUGUACGUAUGUAUUAAUCUCAAAACUUGGGCUGAAAUCUUCUAAAAGAAGUUAAAAAAAAUAAAACGGGCAGACAAAGAGCACUUAACUUGGCCCUUUGAAAGGACUCUCAAAAGAAACCUCGAGUAAAUUGUAACAAUUAGACACAGAGCAGAGCCUCCAAAAUUUACGUAUUAAACUGCAACUGAUGUACAUCUGCCCCACUAAUUACCAACAACGAGUCCUAUACGACUGACUUACUUGGCUCGGUCAAAUGAAAUUAAAACAUCAAGACAGAGCCGUUCUCAAAGUGAAAAUUGUCAAAAGCAAAAGGACUCCUUAAACUUGAAAAGUUUACAAAAGUGUUCCAACUUUUUUCCCCUUCGUUUUGAUCUCAACUUUCCACUUCUUAUCCUCGUUAAUUCCGUUCCAGUUUUGCCAGUUCUUAAUCAAAGGUUUUAAAAGUGAAGAGUUGAUUCAAUUUGUAUUUUAGAAUUGGCUGUGUAACAGAAUACUGAACUGGAGUUGACUCUUCCUAAAAAAAUGCGGACACCCCGAGUCGGCUGAAAACGAAAUCAAAUUCCCUUCUUGGACGUCUUUUACUGUGAAUGUUGACUUAUUGGGAAAAACUCGUCCUUUAUUAGAGCAGGAAACGGGUUGUCUUUUGUCACGAAGUGUAAUCUAAUUCUGCAGCAUUCGUGAUACACGUGAAGUGAAAAGAAGGAAUCUCUUUCGCACUCUUUACUUGGACGGAAGUCCACUCAUUCAUUCUGUCCUCUCCGAACAUUUUAUUAAGAUAGGCAGACAUGAAAAAGUAAAGUUGGUUCAACAUCAGCCUGAGUAGUAUUCGUGCUAAAAGUGGGAGAAGUUGGUUGAGAGAAAAGUGUAAAAGGAUUGAAAAGAAUGGAAUAAAAACGGACUGGCUCCUGUUGUGUAUCAAAGUGAAACGGAGAGAAAGCAAGAGAAAAGAAAGGGAGGAAGAAAGAUGUAUUAGAACUGGGACUGUCUCCGACUCUCACUUUUCCUCUCUCGCUUUCUCCCUUGGAAUUCCGACAGGGUUUUCUACAUACGUAAGUUUAUACGUAUAGCGAGGCAACAGGAAAUGUAACUUUGUGUCUUCCAAGGUGAGAGAGAUGGUAAUAAUAGUGGUGGCCAUAUCGGACCAGCAGCAGCACGUCUCCAUCGCGAUAUAAAUUCUAUUCUUUCAUUCAUUCUCCUGUCUGCUCCAGUCAAGUGAACAAGUGAAAACGUAGUAACGAGCUCCGUGUGCGGAUUCUCGAACCAAGCGAAGGGAGAAAUGGACUGGGACUUGAGACUCUUGAAUGAAAUGGAAUAAUGGGAUGGCUCAAGACAAAGGGCAAAUCAUGUUGGUCUAGUUUUAGGACAGCAGUACAUCCAGAACACAAAAGUUACGUACGCGUCGUGGUGUGAAAGUCUAUUACUGCCUUUUAACUCGGUGGUGGUUCUUAGAUUGGAAACUAACUUACAUAACGCAGGCCACAGGAGAGUUCGCAAUCCCACAGUUUUCCAGAGAUAAAAAAUAUAUAAAAGAACAUUCAUGUUCCACAGCUCCUCAGGAGGAGGAUAUAGACAGCGGUCGGUCGUUUCACUCCAUAUUUUAUGAAAUUUCCACCAACCCUGGUUGCUCAAGAAGGGUAGUUGUACUAGGCGUUUUUAUUUUCCUUUCUUGGACACAGCAGCAAGAAAGGAAAGGCGAAAAUAAGUCACUUGAAGAGUUGCCAGCCCCUUGUACUUCAAACUGCCAAUUGACGUCUUAUUGCCUCAUUCGUAAUAUUCGCGAGUUCCAAUGUGCCGUAUGCUCUACACCUUUUCCGCCUCCUCCUUCCAGAGCAGAACAUAAGAGUAAAGUGGAUCACAUCACACUGGAGACAUUUCCUUUCUUGAUCGAAUUGAGAAGAAAUCAGUGGAAUCUGUGCGAAAAUCGAGUGUUAAACUUGCACGUAUGUAGUUGCGACGAUCAAUCCAGGAAAGACGGCCGAUAUUGCAAAUGUCUAUUUAUGUACGUGAUGCCAUUGAAAGUAAGGAAUAAGUAGCCUUAACGGAACACUUUUCCCACGGAAGUAGUCAUAAGUCAUUUUGGCAUAAGAGGACGUUUCGUUCAACGAAAUCUACUUAAAUUUUGGCUCACAAACCGACACUUACUUUACAAUACGAUAUAAAGAAAAGCCAGCUCCAGCCAGCUAUCGUCCAACUCUCCCCUGCUGAAAGAAGAUAAAGCAGCAAAAGUGAAUUGUGACACUUUCCUCCACUUCACCAACAACCACGGCUGGCCUACUGGUCGAAUUCAUUCAUUCAGUGAAAAAGGUAGUCACGCCGUCAGAUUUUGGAUUUGGACAUUGCGGAGAGAAAGCAGAGAAAUCACAUCAUUCCAAAUCCAGCAUCCUGCGAAUGAGGGAGCACUUACACACAUAAGAAUAUAACGUCAACGUCCUUCCUUUUGUGCCGCUUGAAAUUGUACUAGACAUUGAAUCCAAGUAGCGCGUGGUGGCCUAGCGUGUGGAGCCAAUUGAUUGUGGAAGAGAGAACCGACACAACUUUACGUUCAAAACUGUUGGCUAUAAAAAAGAAGUUGGACGCAAACGACGAGUCCAGACCAGAAUUUGGAUCGUGUAUUUCUAACCAACUGCUGACGUGUAUGUCAUAGCACGACGAGCCACAUCUCAAGAACAAAAGAUAAAAGACAUUGCUCAAAUGUCAGUAACAAUUCUCAUUUUGUGGUACCGGUUAUUAUUACGCUGGUCCAUCCCAUGUCACAUGAUUCGUACUCAUCAUCACAUCCCACAAUAACAUCAGACCGACGACAACCAAUGUGAAAUAUAGACGAAUAUUUCACAUGCAGCCAACGAUAAGUAGCAACAUAGAUACUUGGUUGCAACUGUCCGAUCUCGUAAACUAUAUAUUCAUCAGAUUAUUUUAACAAUUACGCUUGCAAAACAAGUUGGACGCAGAAAUCAAAAGGGACAGAAAGUUAGUCAACAAAAGUAAAUUUCUUCUGCCGAGGGUAGAAUUGAAAUCAGAAAUUUGUAACCGGAGCAAGAUAUACAACCUUCAGCAACAAUGUUGAACAUUUGUUUGCGUGUAGUUCUCGUGAUGCUCCUUGCCUUACAUUGUCCCUUUUCAAUAGCCCCACUUAUGGCUUUGGCCUGGGACUCUGACUUGGACGCACCUUGUUGCGCACACAGAGUACGGCAUCACAGAGAUCACAUUCGAGAAUUCAGUUGUGGAAAGCGGUACUACUACCGCACAUUCUACCAAGACCCGAAACGAGGAGUUCUCUACAUUGGUGCUAUGGACAGAAUAAUGCGAGUAAAUUUGAGCAAUAUCAGCCACACGGAUUGCAAGAAAGAUGCGCUGGUGAUGAACCCCACGGGACCGUCAAGCUGUGUCUCGAAAGGGAAAAGCGAGGAUUUUGACUGUCGGAAUCAUAUCCGUGUGAUCCAAGCUAUGGGUGAUGGAGAUCGCCUCUACGUCUGUGGUACCAACGCACACAACCCAAAGGACUGGGUCAUCAACCUUUCGGCAUUUCUGGAAACUGAUUCUAACCUGACCCCUCUGCCUCGACAAACGUUCGUGCCAGGAAUUGGAGAAGGGACAGCUCGAUGCCCUUAUGAUCCGAGUGACAACUCCACUGCUGUCUGGGUGGAAAGUGGAAAUCCUGACAAUCUAAGUGGACUUUACAGUGGGACGAAUGCAGAAUUCACGAAAGCAGACACCGUGAUCUUUAGGACAGAUCUAUACAACUUGACAACAGGGGAGCGAAAGCAUCCCUUUAAAAGAACACUGAAAUAUGAUUCCAAAUGGCUCGACAAGCCAAGUUUUGUUGGAAGUUACGACAUUGGGGAGUACGUGUACUUCUUCUUUCGGGAACCAGCCGUGGAAUACAUGAAUUGUGGAAAAAAUAUUUACUCUCGAGUUGCUCGAGUUUGUAAAAAGGACACGGGAGGAAAAAACAUUCUUGUACAAAACUGGGCAACGUAUCUGAAAGCUCGGCUGAAUUGCUCCAUCCCUGGCGAAAUUCCAUUCUAUUUUAACGAAAUUCAGGCAAUAUAUCGAGUGCCAGGGGACGAUACUCGAUUCUACGCAGUAUUCACCACAACAGGGUCAGGAUUCCACGGAUCCGCUUUGUGCGUCUUUACCCUGGAUGCAAUUCAAGACGCUUUCAAGGGAAAGUUUAAGGAACAGGCCACAUCCAGUUCCGCCUGGCUGCCUGUGCUGUCUUCAAAGGUUCCAGAACCAAGACCGGGUGAAUGUGUGAAUGAUACUCAGACUCUUCCAGACACUGUGUUGAACUUUAUCCGAUCCCACCCUCUCAUGGACGAAGCUGUGGCUCAUGAAAAUGGGAAACCAGCGUUUUACAUGCAGGAUCUCACUUUCACCCAUUUAGUAGUGGAUAAGAUUCCGAUUCCUCUUUCCAGACAAGUUGGAGACCAUUACACAGUAUAUUUCGCAGGAACUCAUGAAGGGAAAAUUUACAAAGUUGUACAAUGGCGUGAUUCUGAAGGAGAAAGUCGAUCAGAAUUGAUUGACAUUUUGGAAGGCACAUAUCCCGAACCAGUGCGUGCGAUGGACAUUUCCUCUGUUUACAAGUCCAUCUAUGUGGGGUCAGAUUACAGAGUGAGACAAAUAGGAGUGAAUCCAUGCAGAGCUCGAUAUGACUCGUGCGUUCGAUGUGUACGAGAUCCGUAUUGCGGGUGGGAUACCAAAGAAGGAAUUUGCAAACCUUACUCUCUGGGACUUUUGCAAAACGUCGGAGGAAAUGGAGCAAUUUGCAGCAAUUGUCGAAGGUGCUCGCAAAUGAAACGAGUGGUGGCUAAUUGGGGCCAGAGCUUACAUUUACAAUGUUCAGUUACCCUUCCGGGACAUAGUUCCUCUUCUUUAGUUUCACAAGCGUACAAGUGGUAUCAUUACGCUACACCAAGUCAAAAUAAUCAACCCCAAGCUAUUAAAUACAGCUCUGAGAAGCAUGUGCUUACCUCAGACAGAGGAUUAGUCAUCCUCUCUGUUAGCGAGACUGACGGGGGCCAAUGGCAACUCCGAUUCGAAGAAAAAGACAUUUCUUUAACGCAAACAAGGCCUUCGUUACUUCUUUGCGCUUUCAACGUUUCGAUUGAAAUACAAAAGUGCUCUGCACCAGAAAAAGCAUCAGACUUUCAGAAAGUUUAUGCAGAAUGGUGCCACGAGUUUCAAAAAUACAAGGAAAGUAUGGCAGUGUGGCAAAGGAGGCAAGAGCAAUGUGGGAAGAAAAUUAGCAGUAGUGGUGACCUGAGUGCCAGCCAGCACAAUCAUCAGCAAUUGACAAAUGACAUUUUCCAAUCGAGUCAUCCCUACGGCUGAUCCGCAUUUUAAGAUUAGUCCUUAUCAAAUCGAGUAUAAUAUUUAAUAGCUAUAUGGCGUUUAAAUCAUUUAAUCCUACUUAAUUCUAAGAUGAGUGUAAAGCUGGAGUGCCUAUUUUUCAAUCCGAUAUUGUCAUAUGCAAACCUUGUAGAUAUUUUAUAGACGAUCUUCAUCGUGUAUGUGUUCCGUUUAAUUCAAUGACGCAUUACCCAAUCUGCCUGUAAUUUCAUCCCGAAGCCACGUUAACUAAAAAUAAGCUGCGAAAAUAGUGAUUCUAAUUAUUGGAUAAAUAUAUUUGACACGCUCUUUGAAGAACUGAGUUGAAAUCGCAUACGACUCAAUGCAUUUUAAUCCUACAUGUCAUGAUGGGGUUACUUAUGUACAUACAUACAUAUGUACAUAUAGCCAGUUAGCCAACAAAUUCCGCAUUUGGUAUUAUACUUGACAAAACUGUACUUUAAUAAUUUUAGGAUUUAAGAUAAAUUCUGUAUACUUUUUAGCUAUCAAAUAAUUGACUUUUAAUGCAACUACUCAUUUUGUAUUUUUUUGUAAAUUAUAUUAUUAUAGAUGUACUAUAGCUAAGUAAAUACAUAGUCCGCAGAUUACUAUUAUUAUCGUAUGAAAGUGUGUAUAUGUAUCAAUCGUACAAAUGUAACCGUGUGCGUGGGUCGUAUUUAAUAAUAAUAAUAUUAUUAUUAUAGGUAUGUACGUAGGAUGUGAUGAUUAUUGUUGAAUUUAUACUAUUAAUCGAACCCUUUAAGCGUGAAAUAAAUGUUCAAUAAUACACAGAACUAUAAAGAAUA